AAAUACAACAAUACAGUGAACGCCGACAUAGGGAAGAGCAUGACCGGUAAGCACUUAGGUAUCUUGCUGGCACUUACUUAACUACCUGCAUACAUGCCCCUUAGGUAUGUAAGAUUGACAUCCCAUCAACUUUGUGGCUGCGCCGCAGACAUGGUGGAUCUAGGACUUGAAUUUUGGCGACCAACACAGUCUUGACCGUAAUACGAUCAUCAACAUAAAUAUGACUAUGAAUCCUAGCACCACCUAGAACUGCCAGACUACCCUCCAUAAAUUCCUGGUCGUUCGGUGUACGGCAUAGUACAUAGUUUGAAGUUUAACAAUCGCAAGGAGAUCAAGGAGUCCAGAAAGAUGGACCCCCAGCAAGCAUCCACAAUUACCGCUUCUACCCCUACUUUCUAUCAGUUCACGGAACUUCCCGUCGAGAUUCAAUUAUACAUCUGGGAGCUGGUAUUGGGAGAUUCGGAAUACAUACGAACCGAAUGGAGUGCGCGGGUAGCCACUAUAUGGCCAUUUGUUCCGAUCCCUCAGUUGCAAGAGACUGACCCUGCUGGGCUAAUCCCUUAUACUGGAUGGAUCCAAGAAGAGUUGCCCGCAACAUUGGCAUCCUUCCCUCCACCGUGGGGGUAUCCGGACCCGCAAGCAUCAGAGUAUCCCGAUUGGCAUGCUUACAAGGAAAGACUCUUUUACCUUUCUCAACAUACCAUGUCAAGAGCCAGGUUCAAUAUUAGCAACGGCAAUACGUAUCUUUCAAGCACAGCAGCGAACAUUGUCGACAAAAGUGACACACAAUUGGCAUGCUUCUCGGUAUGCCGUACCAGCCGCGCACAAGCUAUGAGGCACGUUAUCGGAGACACGGAACAAUUCUUACAAUGCAAGGAUGUUCUAGAUAUCGAUGAUCAACGGAUGUACCCCGUACCAAACGGGUUCGUUCUCGGCAACGUUUUCAAGGACCAGCGCGGCGGGAGGCCAUGCUUUGCGUACGUAACCGCGCCUCACGGCUCUGAGCCCAUGCGUCGACCUCGCUUUGAUCAUGACUUCCGCCCUGGCAAACAUACUCAUGUAGCUGCACGUCUAUCUGACAUAGAACGUUGCAUAUUUGGCCGCCGCUUGAGCCUUACGAAGGUAACGGAAGGAUGGAAUACCGAUCAUUUGACGAUGCUCAGAGAGAUGAUGUGGUGGGGGCCUGAGUUAGGGCUGAAAGUGAGGCGGCCGGAGGCUAACCACCCUUUACACUGUCCGCCGUUCUACAUAUUUUGGAUCUAUUCUAUGAUUCUGCAUCAUCUAGCGGAUACAAGGGCAGAAGAGUACCCGAUGUCGUCGGAGUGUCUGACUGGGGAUUGGAAUUGGAUAGGCUUCUGUGCGCAAUGGUACAAUAAACUGGUCAGAAAAGGAGAGUGUCGUCUAUGCAAAAGGCCCCUGAUACGCGACCUUCAGACUUUGUUCCCCGAGUCCCUAGAUAGUGACGGGUGUAUUGAUAUUGUCAUACUUAGAGAUCGAAAGAGUGUGGAACUACCAGAUAUUAGUAUCGGUAGAAGAUCAUAUGAGUUUGGUGGCUGAGAUGUCUAUUUGGGGUCCGAGAGAAAGAAUAGUUAUGAUGUAGUUAGUUGAGAAAGAGAUUCACAAUCAAUAUCAUACCAAUA